AUGGCCGGCCGCGGCGAUAAGAAACCGGCGAAUUCCGCCCCGCCGCGGAAGGGCGGUUCCCCUCACGGAUCGGUCUAUGGAAGCUCUUCGGCACCACGAAAACAGGGUGCCUGUACAUUCUCUCCUUCGGUUAGCAGCAAAGAUUCACAGCAAAAGUUGGUUACACCAGUUCAACCACAAAAACCUGUAGAGUCCAGAAGCAGUCAGUGUAGUACAGGAUCUGACUCUGGAGCUGCCCCACUUGAUAUAUGCAUGAGUGCUAACACAUGCGCUGUCAAGUUAAAACCUUCUAUACUCGAGACCACCAGAGAAAAAAGGCGAGACAGGGAAUGUUCCAAGGAUGUAGCUCCAUUGCAAUUGAGAUCUGGAAUGGUUCUGUUGAAAAGAUUCAUAAAGCCUAAUGAUCAGGUUAAAAUUGUCAAACUUUGUCGGCAACUUGGUGUUGGUCCUGGGGGAUUUUAUAGACCUGGCUACCGAAAUGGUGCUAUGCUAAGACUGUGGAUGAUGUGCUUAGGGAAGAACUGGGAUCCAAAUUCAUACUCAUAUGGAGAUAGACGUCCGUUUGAUGGUGCUCAACCACCGACCAUACCAGAAGAAUUCAAGAAGUUCGUUCAAGAUGGCAUCCAAGCUUCCAAUGAAUUUUUGAAACAACAAAAAGGAGCUGCCAAUGCUAUGCAAGAAAUCCCUGCGAUGUCACCAGAUAUCUGCCUUGUUAACUUCUACAACAGUAGUGGGAGGUUGGGUCUUCAUCAGGACAAAGACGAAUCAAAGAGCAGCAUUGACAAGGGAUUGCCUGUCGUUUCUUUUUCGAUAGGCGAGACCGCAGAAUUCUUGUAUGGUGAUGUUAGAGACGAAGAGAAGCUUUCAAAGGUUGAUCUUGAAUCUGGUGACGUCCUAAUAUUUGGUGGUAAGUCAAGGCUCAUAUUCCACGGGGUUUCCAACACCAAACCUAAAACGGCACCAAAGUGGCUGAUGGACGAGACAAAUCUUCGACCUGGGCGUCUGAAUCUCACAUUCAGGCAAUACUAG